CGCCCCUUGCCUGCCCCGGCGGGGCGGGCGGGCAGCGGGGCGGCGGCGGCGGCGGCGGCGGCGGGGCGAUGGCGGGGCGGCGGCGGGCGCUGCUGCUGCGCUGCCUCCUGCUGGGGCUGCUGGGCGGCGGCGGCGGGGGCCAGCCCGGCGGCGGGGAGUACUGCCACGGCUGGGUGGACGGGCAGGGCGGCUACCACGAGGGCUUCCAGUGCCCCGAGGGCUUCGACACGGCGGCCGCCACCAUCUGCUGCGGCUCCUGCGCGCUGCGCUACUGCUGCGCCGCCGCCGAGGCCCGCCUGGAGCAGGGCGGCUGCACCAACGACCGGGAGCCCCCGGACCCGGGAGUCACCGCCCAACCAAUCUACGUUCCAUUCCUCAUUGUUGGAUCAAUAUUUAUUGCCUUCAUUAUCGUGGGCUCUCUGGUAGCCGUUUAUUGUUGCACAUGUUUAAGACCUAAACAACCGUCGCAGCCAAUACGGUUUUCUCUGCGGAGCUAUCAGACCGAGACUCUUCCCAUGAUCCUGGCCUCGACAAGCUUCAGGACGCCGUCGAGGCAGUCGAGUACCGCGACAAGUUCCAGUUCGACCAGCGGCUCAGUUCGCAGGUUCUCCUUUCCCCGGGCAGAGCCAGGGUGCCUUGUGGCAUCGCCACCUCCCCCGUACACAUCUGGCUGCUUCCAGCCAGCCCAUGCAGUGCACCUGACCCAGCCGUCAGGAUUUCUGAUGUCGCCGCCGUACUUUGGGUACCCUCUCCAGCCAGAGCCUGCCCUGGCUGGAAAAAGCUGCUCCGAUUUUAGCCAGAGCUGAAAGGCGUUGUCAAGAAACGACGAAGCCUUCGGAAGCGCAGGGACUGCUGCUGUUGGGCGUCACGCUGACAUGCUCUGGGGUUGCAGGAGUCAGAACCGUUCCCGUGGGUGAGUUGCCCUUGAGAAGUGCAAGGUCUCGUUUGGGAUCUCACUCCCCAAACUUGUAUCACACAAAUGAAUUGUAAAACAUUCCAAACUUAGUUGCUCUAAAAACUGACGGCUCUGAUCGUUCAGCCUAAUUUGUGCAGAACGUGCUCAGAGACAAGUAGAAAAACCAUUUUGGGAUAAAGGUACUCAUUUCACAGCGUUAUGAAUGACAUUUUAACCCUAAAUGCUGUUAGCUUGGUUAACAAACGGUGGCUGCGUUCCACUGGUAAUAAUCAGACUAGCUCUGUAAAGCAGCAAUGAGCCUGAGAAGUAAGAGAUGAGUAAUAUUUACUAAAGAGGAUUCUGAAAACAGCUGACUGCUUCCCACUUCCAUGAGCAAUGAGAAUAAGAGGAAGAAUUUUACUACAGAUAUCAAAAUCUAUAAGGUUUUUUAAAUACACAUAAUAUACCUGAACUUACACUGCAUAUUUGCAUUAGUAAACUUUAACUGUGGUAGAUAAAACAAGUACUAAUUAGGCUAGUUGGAAAUGAGCCAAUCCCGAGCAGCCAAAUAAUUAUCUAUGAGAAAAGCAGACUGUAUUCAGCAAUAUCACGAAAAACUUAUCCACACGAAGUCCUACAAAUGGUGUUACAUUCAAAUAUUUUUCAGAAGGAAGUAUUUAUUGUUGGCUUUUCGCUCAGCAACGUGUGUAAGUUGGACAAACCGAACAUAAAGUUCUAUUUGUAAAAUUAGCCAUGUAUAAAAUGUAAAGACAAGCUUGUAAUUUAAAAUGUAUUUACAGCAAUGACAAGACUAAUUAUUUAGUAGUCUCACACACACACACAAAAAAGAUUAUCAAUAAACUGUGUGGUUGAAA